AUGAAAUCAACAUCUCAACAUCUAAGGCCACUCGUCCUCAGACAACAGCUCUCCCCCUCUUCCUCAAACACCCGCUCCUUCGCCUCCUCUACAAUCCACCCCCCUCGUCAAACAUCAAAACCCACCCAGAAAUCCCCCUUCAUCCAGCAGAAGCCAAAGCAAAAGCAAAAGCUCCUCCUCAGAGACACCAUCCGGCGCUUCAUCCCCGAAGAAGCCAAGAAAUUCAUCCGCCCAACCGGCACCCUCUGCACCACCCCCGAAACCGCCGCCUUUUUCGUCAAGCACAACAUCGAGCCCGACAAUGGCGCCGCUCGCCGCUUCACCGCCGGCCCGGCCAUCCAAAACGCAACAAAGGCGUACAACGCUGUGGUGGCUUUCAGUCCGCGGCACAUUGUCCAUCCGCAUGACCUGCGCUUUUUCGAUCCCAGGGGCCACCCGCUGGCCGCGGCGAGGCGCGAAAAGUAUCUGCGAAAAUCGCGCGAGGAGCCGCUCUGGAUUAUGGUGACGAGCGCUGGGGCGGCAUCGACGGUGGUUCGGGUGAUGACGCAGAGGCGGCUCAAGAGCGCCAUCUACCGCUACCUGGAAGACCUCGGAUUUCCAAAUGGAGUGGGAGAGCACAAGGAGAUCAGGGGCACCGUCUGGAUCACGCUUUACGAUCCUGUCAAGGCUUCAAAGCUGCCUCCAGAACCAUUUGCGGAAGCCAUUGCCAGGGCUCUCAGGAGUAACUGUGCCCAGCCUAUGAGAUGA